CUCGCCUCAGAGUUGCCCUGUCAGUGCAGGUGGAGGCCCCCGGCGGGGCAAAGUGGCAGGAACCUCUUAAAGGGAGAGAGCCGCGGAGAGCGAGGACGCGGCCCGGCCCGGCCUGGCCAGGUCCCUGCCAGGUCUCUGCCUUACGCAGCUCAGAGAAGAGCUCAGUGGUUGAGGCUGAGGAUUCUCAGCACCAGCAACAGAAGGAAGAAGGUGAGGGAGCCACAAACUCAGGCCAACAAGAAACUCAGCUGGAAGAGGCUUCCCAACCAGCUGCUGAGGGUGCUAAUCAGUGUGAGCCGAAGCUGAGAACAUCCAAUGGGGACACUCCGACGCAUGAAGACUUGACCAAGAACAAGGAACGGACGUCAGAAGGCAGAGGUCUGUCACGACUGCUCUCCUCGUUGCUCAAAAGGCCCAAGUCUCAGGUUUCUGAAGAAGAAGGCAGAGAAGUAGAGUCAGAUAAAGACAAAGGUGAAGGAGGGCCAAAGGAGAUAGACUUUGGAACCAGUCUUGAUGAAGACAUCAUUUUAAAGGCCCCUAUUGCAGCUCCUGAGCCUGAACUCAAAACAGACCCAUCUUUGGAUCUUCAUUCAUUAAGCAGUAUAGAAACACAGCCAGCUCAGGAAGAGCACAGAGAGGAUCCGGAGUCUGAACCGAGGGAAGAAGGGAUUGAAGAGUGCUCCAGGGCAGGCGUGAAGGAGGACCUCGAGUCAAAAGCGGAGAGAGAACCCGAGGCUUCGCAGAAGCCGGUCAGAAGGCACCGAGACAUGCACUGCAAGGUCUCUCUGUUGGACGACACAGUUUUUGAGUGUGUGGUGGAGAAACAUGCUAAGGGACAGGAUUUGCUUAAGCGAGUUUGUGAGCACCUCAAUCUGUUGGAGGAAGACUACUUUGGUUUGGCUAUUUGGGAUAGUGCAACCUCUAAGACAUGGCUGGAUUCUGCCAAAGAAAUAAAAAAACAGGUUCGAGGUGUACCUUGGAACUUCACAUUUAAUGUGAAGUUUUAUCCGCCUGACCCAGCACAGUUGACUGAAGACAUAACAAGAUAUUAUUUAUGUCUUCAGCUUCGGCAGGACAUCGUUGCUGGACGGCUACCCUGUUCCUUUGCAACCUUAGCCCUCCUCGGCUCUUACACCAUCCAGUCUGAGCUGGGAGACUAUGACCCGGAACUGCAUGGCGUGGAUUAUGUUAGUGACUUUAAACUGGCUCCAAAUCAGACAAGGGAACUUGAAGAGAAAGUCAUGGAAUUGCAUAAAUCAUACAGGUCCAUGACUCCAGCUCAGGCCGACUUGGAGUUUCUUGAGAAUGCCAAAAAGUUAUCCAUGUAUGGAGUUGAUCUUCACAAAGCAAAGGACUUGGAGGGAGUGGAUAUCAUCCUAGGAGUCUGCUCUAGUGGCCUUUUGGUUUACAAAGAUAAGUUGAGAAUUAACCGUUUUCCUUGGCCCAAAGUGCUAAAGAUUUCUUACAAACGUAGCAGCUUCUUCAUCAAGAUCCGACCUGGAGAGCAAGAACAAUAUGAGAGUACCAUUGGCUUCAAGCUUCCCAGUUAUCGAGCAGCUAAGAAAUUAUGGAAAGUCUGUGUGGAGCAUCACACAUUUUUCAGGCUGACUUCUACAGACACCAUUCCCAAAAGUAAAUUUCUUGCCCUGGGAUCUAAAUUUCGAUACAGUGGCCGGACUCAGGCGCAGACCAGACAAGCCAGUGCUCUGAUUGACAGGCCCGCCCCGCACUUUGAGCGGACAGCAAGCAAACGGGCAUCCAAGAGCCUUGAUGGAGCAGCAGCCGCCGAGCCCACAGACCGAAGUCCUCGGCCUACCUCUGCACCAGCCAUUGCUCAGAGUCAGGUCACAGAAGGGCCAGGGGCACCUGUUAAAAAACCACAGAAGGAAGAUGCAAAGGUUGAAGUGAAAGGGAAAGAAGAACCACCUGAGCAAGCUGAGCCAGAGCCCACAGAAGCGUGGAAGAAAAAGAGAGAGAGACUAGAUGGUGAAAACAUUUAUAUCAGACAUAGCAAUUUAAUGUUGGAGGAUUUAGACAAGAGUCAAGAAGAAAUCAAAAAGCAUCACGCCAGCAUCAGUGAGCUGAAAAAGAACUUUAUGGAAUCGGUACCUGAACCACGGCCUAGCGAGUGGGACAAGCGCUUAUCCACACACUCACCCUUCCGAACUCUUAACAUCAACGGGCAAGUCCCUACUGGAGAUGGAAGUGUUAAUGACAUUCGCACAGAGGAGGUGGCUGUCGUGACAAAAGGGCCAUCCACCUACCCUUCCUCCGAAUGGGAGAGCCCCAAGCAGUCAGUGGCCCCUAGUCAGAGUCUGAUGACCACCCCACCGGCGUCUCCUCAGAGCUAUGCUUCUGGCUCCCUCUCCAUAAACAGCAAGGAGGCGGAAGAGAAGGAGCAGGGGACAGCUGGCUAUCAUGAUGCUCAUGAGAUGCCAACAGGCCCAAGUGGGGAACGUUUAGGAGUGGAGGAACAGGCCAAUACCUUAAGUUUCUCGGUAACUCCAGCUUCCUGCCAGCUGCAACAUGGUGGAAAAAAGGCAGACAGUAGUGAAGAGCCAGUUGCACCAGCAGAGACCCUUGAGACCCAGAGCGGAUCCUCUCUUGACUCUCGUGUGGGUAACCAGGUCCCCACCCUCAUUCGAAGUUUCCAGCCUCCGCUGGUAAAGACUCAGACUGUCACCAUCUCAGACACUGCCAAUGCUGUGAAAAGUGAAAUCCCAACCAAAGAUGUCCCUAUUGUCCACACUGAGACCAAGACCAUCACCUACGAGGCUGCCCAGACUGAGGACAGCAAUGGGGACCUGGACCCUGGAAUCUUGCUGACAGCUCACACCAUCACAUCUGAGACCACAAGCAGCACGACCACGACUCAGAUUACCAAGACUGUCAAAGGUGGAAUUUCUGAGACCCGGAUCGAGAAGAGAAUUGUGAUCACAGGAGAUGCUGAUGUUGACCACGAUCAGGUCCUUGUCCAAGCCAUCAAGGAGGCCAAGGAGCAGCACCCAGACAUGUCAGUGACCAAGGUGGUCGUCCACCAGGAGACCGAGAUCUCUGAGGAGUGAGCUCAGGGACUGUCCUGUCCCGGUCCCCACCCCUCCCCAUCCAAGAGAAGCCAGCAUAUCAUAAAGAAGCCAGCCUGCAACAGUCAGACUUUGAAGACUGUUCCACACCACAGAAAACCAACUUGAUUUUCUACUGGAAUUUAUACCGAGACUCUUCUAGAUGCCACAGCUGUUUUCUAUAUUGUGAUACAGAAAUUGUCAGCUUUUCAGUCUAUGAACUGUUUUUAAGACAUUUUGGGUUUUUUAUGGGGUGGUUGGUGACCCUUCAGGCUCUCCUCACUCAUUUCCAACUCAGACCCUGACAGGAUCCGCAGACUUCCUGAGAAUCCUCCAGAGAUCCUGUCAGCCGUGAGGCCAGAGCCAGCUCAAGGGACCUCCUGCUCCUUCUGCAGCUUCCUAUCCUGGAUGACACAGAAACUUCAUGCACCAGUGAAUGUCAGGCAGGGCAAACAACCUGGUCACAGACCCCAGAAACAUGAUGCCCCUUUGCAGGGUGUUUGGUGAGGCAGAGACAU